UUUCAAAUGUCUGAUGAGAACUUUGAAUACAAGGGAAUACUUUUUUCUUCAAGGGCGCUGGCUGUAAAGGAUCUGGAAUUUGUAGAGAAUGAAUUCCAAGUUCAAGAUGGUGAUAUCUUCAAUGUCACCUACCCUAAAUCAGGAACAAUCUGGAUGAUGGAACUAUUAAGCCUCAUCUAUACCAACGGAGAUCCAACCUGGUGUAAAACAGUUCCCAGCUGGGAAAGGGUGCCUUGGAUAGAAGUCCCAGCUAUUAGAAGAGUGAUACAGAAAAACAACUGUCCGCGCCUUUUUACCACCCAUCUGCCUAGAUCCCAUUUUUGUAAAUCGUUCUCUGGGUCAAAGGCUAAGGUAAUCUACACUGCCAGGAAUCCAAAAGAUGCUCUUGUUUCACUUUAUCAUUUUGCCAAAAUGAGUGUUUUCUUUGAAGACCCAGGCAGCUUUCCUGAGUUUCUGGAGAAAUAUUUGUCAGGAGAUUUAGUCUAUGGUUCUUGGUUUGAUCAUAUCAAGGGCUGGAUGGAGAUGAUGGGAAAUGAAAACUUUCUACUCAACACCUAUGAAGCUCUCCAGAAGGAUUUACGUGGCAGUGUCAUACGAAUAUCUUCAUUUCUGGGGAAAGAUCUGGAUGAAAGAGCUCUGGAUUCUGUUGUUGAAAAUGCCUCUUUUAAUAAUAUGAGCAAGAACAGCAUAGCUUACGUCAGUCUUUUAUCAGAAGAAUACAUGGAACAUGGAAAAAGUCCAUUUAUGAGAAAAGGAGUGUCUGGAGACUGGAAGAAUCAUUUCACAGUGUCUCAGAGCAAAUAUUUUGAUGAAAUCUAUAAAGAGAAGAUGAAGGACUUCAGUUACAAGUUUCCCUGGGAUGAAACAUAAAAAAGAAAAGAAAAUUCUCCAUGGGUUACUUUAUUUGUUGCAGUUUGGAGGAAUAUCUGCCAUGGGUUGGGUGCUCUACGCCCAACUUUAUGUGUAAUUGUGCUGAAUAGCCUCCUUGGGCAAGGGAUGCCAGGAGGGAGCUAUUAUAAUUGCCCACUCUCAGUUGCCCAUCUGGCUCUGUUACUGACUUGAUGGCAACAUCAUGGGAAGUCUAUUGUGGUUUUAGGCAUUCCAAAAAUUUGUAUGUUAUUUAUUUUAUAUUUCUCUUAUUAUUAUUUACCUGUUUUAUAUGUUUUCUUGUUUAGUAAUAAAGUUGUGGCCUGUUCCAUCCCAAUCUGGAUAUCCUUAUUGUCUCUUGGGUGGGGUAAACAGAAAAGGAUAAUAGUGGCAUAUAAAAGGGGGGUUAACAUGUACGUUGGUCCGAGCUACCAGACAGUUCUCCAUUAGUGAGUGAGCCACAAAGAGCCUCCCUGGAUAAAGAAUCCUCAUACUGCACGGUAACUCAGCA